AGAAUAAACCUGUGGGAAGUUUUUCCCUUAAACAGGAAGGAUAGGAUGCAUUAGAGGCCUCUAUUCUGAGGGACACUGAUGUGGGGGAUGAGGAAGGACAUUGAGGGCACCUUCAGGUCUCUCUGCCUACUCUUCCUUGCCCCAACUCCAUUCCAGGUGUGAGUAUGGUUCCUCCUUUAUGUGUCCAUCACAGCAGUGGAGACCCUCCUUAGGCUGGGUUUACCCUGAUCCUGAGUAAACCACUGCUGCUGGACGCCCAGUGGCAACUUUCCCAGUCUCAGGUGCUCUAGAAUUAUGCUGUGAAUAAUACAGAAUAUUGGAGUGGCUCAACGCUUUCAUGUGCCACUAUUGCAAAUCUCUUGCUGUUGCCUCUUCCCUGCUUCUUUUUACCUGGUACAUCAGAUCCAUCAGGUCCGAGCUGUGUUGACUACCACUACUUUUCCCUUCGUCUCAAUUAUGUCUUGGAAAAAGGCUUUGCGGAUCCCCGGAGGCCUUCGGGCAGCAACUGUGACCUUGGUGCUGGCGAUGCUGAGCACCCCAGUAGCUGAGGGCAGAGACUCUCCCGGCCCAGCCAGACAGGGACAGGGCUUUCCUCCCUUUCCUGCCUGUAGGAAGGCGGAUUCCCGAAGACCCCCGAGAGGGCGGACAGGGCUGGGCAGAGCCCCCGGGAGGAUCCCAGAGGAUUUCGUGUACCAGUUUAAGGGCAUGUGCUACUUCACCAACGGGACGGAGCGCGUGCGUCUUGUGACGAGAUACAUCUAUAACCGAGAGGAGUACGUGCGCUUCGACAGCGACGUGGGGGUGUACCGGGCGGUGACGCCGCUGGGGCCGCCUGCCGCCGAGUACUGGAACAGCCAGAAGGAAGUCCUGGAGAGGACCCGGGCGGAGUUGGACACGGUGUGCAGACACAACUACCAGUUGGAGCUCCGCACGACCUUGCAGCGGCGAGUGGAGCCCACAGUGACCAUCUCCCCAUCCAGGACAGAGGCCCUCAACCACCACAACCUGCUGGUCUGCUCAGUGACAGAUUUCUAUCCAGGCCAGAUCAAAGUCCGAUGGUUUCGGAAUGACCAGGAGGAGACAACCGGCGUUGUGUCCACCCCCCUUAUUAGGAACGGUGACUGGACCUUCCAGAUCCUGGUGAUGCUGGAAAUGACUCCCCAGCAUGGAGAUGUCUACACCUGCCACGUGGAGCACCCCAGCCUCCAGAACCCCAUCACCGUGGAGUGGCGGGCUCAGUCUGAAUCUGCCCAGAGCAAGAUGCUGAGUGGCGUUGGAGGCUUCGUGCUGGGGCUGAUCUUCCUCGGGCUGGGCCUUAUUAUCCAUCACAGGAGUCAGAAAGGGCUCCUGCACUGACUCCUGAGACUAUUUUAACUGGGAUUGGUUAUCACUGUUCUGUAAUGCCUGCUUGUCCCUGCCCAGAAUUCCCAACUGCCUGUGUCAGCUUGUCCCCCUGAGAUCAGAGUCCUACAGUGGCUGUCACACAGCCACCAGGUCAUCUCCUUUCAUCCCCACCCCAAGGCGCUGGCUGUGACUGCUUCCUGCACUGACCCAGAGCCUCUGCCUGUGCACGGCCAGCUGCGUCUACUCAGGUCCCAAGGGAUGUCUGUUUCUAUUCUCUCCUCAGACUGCUCAAGAGAAGCACAUGAAAACCAUUACCUGACUUUAGAGCUUUUUUACAUAAUUAAACAUGAUCCUGAGUUAUCCAUA